AUGGAGCUAAGGGCAAAACUUGUCUGUGCAGUUACCAUCUAUUGUGGGCUUUAUUAUUUAAUGGGAUCAUUAAGCACUCCAGCAAGUAUAGGAAUUGCCCGAGGAUGGCGCAAGAUAGCGCCAUCCUCGGGCAAUUUAAAAAAAUGACCCCACACCGGGAAUUGAACCCACGUGGUGGGGCCAUUUUUGAAUUGCCCGAGGAUGCACAAGAUAGCGCCAUCUUCGGGCAAUUACUAUAUCCUUUUUCUUUAUAGUGAUUGCUAUAGCAAAUAUUUAUUUUUUAGUUUAUUGGGCAUAUUAUUUACUAAAAUCUCUAUUUUCUGCGAUAUUUAAGAAGGUAGGCAAUUUAAGAACUAGAAGAAAAGUUCAAAGUCAGUCUGCAGUUAGAAGUCUAAGAAGCAGCCUUGAAGAAUCAAGAUUAGUAUCAAGGAGUGUUAAUCUGUCGAUUAUAUCUAAUGAUAAUCUAUUGAGUGAAAGUCAAGCCCCUGUUAGCACUGCUAAAAAUGAUAAAGAAAACUUUGAAGAAAGCUCUAAAAUUAUCAGUGUUUAG